AUGACCCGGCAAGCGAGUGAUGCGAAUGACGGCUUUUGCCCCACGACUUGGGCGACAAACGCUUUGCCACCUGUUGAGCUCUCGACGGAGCAGCGCGAAACGUACCGCGUGCUCGCGACUCGAUUGCUUUCCAACACGUUGCGGGACUACGACAUUUACUCUGCCGAUCCCCGACAACGACGCAUGAGUCGACGUCGAUGGAAAGUUGUCAAGGGCAGAGGUCACAUUACAGUGCACAAGGAGCGCCACCCGACACUCUGUCCUCGAGUGAGUCUCAUGGAUCGAGUGUCCACGGCGUUUCGAAGUGCCGACUGGACAGAGCCAAAGCUGCUCGUUACCACUGGUUGGAUCGAAGGCGGCACUCUGGAAGAUGUCAUGUACGGCGUCGCCUCCCCCGAUGCACACGACAUGCUGCUCAAAGCGACUGUCGUUGGGAACAAACUGGUCAAUGGCGCAGUGCUGGCGUGCAUUGACGCUCCGUGCGCUGCCGACCCAUUUCGGUUCCUCGGGAUAAAAUGGUUUGUCAAAGGCCCUCCCUCUGCCCUGCAUGGCAUCGUUCAACCCCGCGACUUGGUCGUUGUCGAAGGCACGGGAAUCACGACGCGAUCGAAUGGCGAGCGCAUUGGCUAUCAGCUUCUCCACUCCGUGGACCUGCCUCAGUAUCGGACGGUGGCACCUCAGUCGGGCAUGGACCUCACACGCGGUCGCAUCUCGAGCUGCUCCAUCUUCCGAGAAGUCCCAGAAGGUCUGGGCAGUCGACGCUCCAAGGUUGACGUGUAUGUCAAGGGGUAUGUCGAGGCUCACGGGAAGCUCCUGUAUUCGGUGGCGCUUGCAGCAGCUUCAACUGGGUUCAUGAGCUCCUGGAACGCAGUCGAGUGCGCCAACCUCAAGAAGCUCAUGUGGUGCUUUCGUCAGCGACCGAAUGGAGAUCAAGGACGGAGGUUGACUCGGCAAUCUAGUCAGCGCUCGCACGUGAGUGGCAGCAUUAGCUGUUCCAGAAGGAAUCGUGACAAUGCAGACAGUGGAAGUACGGGUCGUGCUCCUGAUCAUCUUGAGCCAUUGUCGGCAGAAUCGUCAAGUAGCUGUGGCACUUGUGCGCAACGACUUGGUAAGCUGCUCAGUGGUGCCCUUCCGUGUUCCCUAUGCUGUCGGCUCACUUGUUCGCGCUGUCGAGUUUCACGCACUCUGAAAGAAGUGAAUUCCAAGCUGUGGCUCCGACAGAAGAACGUGCUGAUUUGCAAGCGGUGUGUGCUGCGAGUUGACCGCCUUGCGUCCGUGGACGUCGCACGGGCUGAAGUCCAGUCCCGACUGUUGCGUAUGAAAAAAAGCUGUGCUGACCAUUCACACGGACGUCUCCCGAUCUUCGCUACUACCGACUCAACAAACGGUCUCAGUGCAACUACCUCAACACGACCAGCAGAAGCAAAGUCUCUACUUCUUGUGAGGGCACCAGCUGCCGAUCGACCAGUCGAACCGGUUUGCGGUGCACCACCAGCGAAGACGCUUCAGACAGAAUUGUCGUCAGAAUCUGACAAGAUCAUGUUGUCGUCGGACCGUGAGCACCGCGAACAAAUCUGGUCGCAAAUGGUGGAGCUGCGCAUGGUGGCCGAGUCGAUUUACAAACUCACGCUCGAGACCACCGAGUCGCUCAACCCACUCGCCUCGGUGCGAACGUGA